GCGCGGUGGCCGCCCGGCACACCGGGAGGGGUGGCGGGUCGCGGUCCCUCGGGGCGUCGCGCCGGGAGGUGGCGCUGGUGUGGAGUGCCUCCCUUUGGCUGGGUGGAGGUAGCCCCUGUGACAGCGGCGGGUCCAGCUGCUCUGAUAACUCAAGGAAUGACUAUGUCCUCAAAACAGGUCCAAGGAUUUCAACCUUGUGAAGCACCCAAGGAGGUGGCACCCAUAAGAAACAGCGCGAAUCUUUCUCCUUUCCGUCAUAUAAACUGCUUGUCACCAACCCAAACUCUGGUGCACCCUGACUGUUUCCCUGGCUCUCAGAUGUGGAUAUUUGUGAAAUAACCUGCUGGAUGUCUGUGUUGCCAAAGCAAUGGCCUCUCAAGAAUUUACUGUGUUAUACACUCACCAAAAGAUGAAAAAAUCAAAAACGUGGCAAGAUGGAAUUCUGAGGGUUAAAACUGGCAGAAAUCAGGCUACCUUGUUUGAUGAUAAAGGACAAUGUCUGGAGAGUAUUUUUAUAAAAUCUCAGGUGACUCCUGGAGAUGAUUUGGAAAGUGAGCGAUAUUUAAUCACAGUUGAAGCAGCCAAAGUGAGUGAAAAGCCCUCUGAGGAGCAGCCAAAGCAGGCAGAAACUCCAGCAGUGGACAGAAAUGGUGUCAGACCUGCUCUUCUACCCCCAAGACAUCUGCCUGUUGGCUUGAAAAGGAAGUUUACGGGGUUCCGAGGGCCACGCCAAGUUGAGAAGAAGACACCAGCUGUGGAAGAUGAAGGAAAAGCAGCAGUGCUGCCUUCAUCUAAGGAGUGCCAAGGGAGUUUUCCAUCCCAGUUUUAUAGCAGCUCGCCGUUGUUUUCCACGGUUUGCAGGAAGGAUGCAGGAAGAAACCCCUCUGCAGGCUGUCAGGAAGAGGGGUGCAGGGACAAUGGCAGAGAACAAAUGUCUGUGUCCUCCCUGCUUUCAGCUCCCUUCAGUGGCAGCUGGGAGGGGACAGAGAAGCAGAACUGCCAUCAGUUGGCUGGGAAGCAGCAAUCUCCUCUCCUCACUGGACACACUGGUGCUGGGGCAGUGUCCCACCACAUCAGGAGCACAGCACAGAUCAUUGCUCUGCUCAACUCUAAACCAGCACAAGGACACAGGGAGCCAACAUCUGGAGCCACAAGCUGCCUUUCCAGGGUUCAGGCAACACAAAAUGCAGGUUCAUGUGACAAAAAAAGCCCUGCCCUACCUGCCCUUUUAGGUCACCAUGGUAAAGGACUGGUUCCAGAUACUCAGCACCUGCCUUUUGUGCAGGGAAAUGUAAAUGAUGAAAAGGACUGGAAUGUUCUAGCACUUCCAAAUUCAGCUGAACAGCCUUGUGGUGAAGAAGUCACAGGACACAGACAAGACAAAAAGCCCAACUGUGUGGACAAUUUCUUACAGAAGACAGGGGCAUAUAUUGUACCAACAGCAGCAGCCCAAAGGGACCCUGGGCCAUCUGACUGGAAACCAAAGUCUCCAGGUUCCAGGAGCCUUCUUAAGGAUGAUGUUGACAUUAUCAAAGAAGGGAAUUUUCAGAUUAAUCCUGAUGUUAUUGAAGAGCCAGGAAUAAAUCAGUCCUCCCUGGCAUUGGAUGUGCAUCCUGAAGUGCCACCCUGGACAGUGUCACACCCACCCUCUGACCUGAGACAAGCACAGUGGCCUGCCUGGGGGCCUGGCAAGGUUUCACCAGAGCUGACUUCCCCACUUGAUCCAGACUCUACAACUUUUUUACCUUGGGGAAAUGAGGAGCCUGUUGGAGACAUCCAGGAGCCCCUGGCACAAGGGACCUUACCAAGUGAACCACAACUCCCAGAUUUCCUUUUCACCCAGGAGAAAUCCAGCCAUCCACAGGAAUGCAGCCUGCCAGCCCUGAAGCCCAUGAUGAAAACACGAGCUCCCUUUGUCACUGUUCCUGCCACCCACGAGAUUCCUGCCGUGUUUUCCCCCACUGAGAGUGAGGAGCUCCAGCAGUCUUUGGGCUCUCCAAGAGGCCAUUUGUGCAGCCAGUCAGUGGCAUUUCCUAGGAGUGCUCUGGGCCCCCAGGACAGGAAUGAUGACACCUCUGUGUUUGGGGACUACACGGAAGAUGGACAAAGGGGAGCUGUGCCACCGGUGCUCCCUAAUGUGACUGCCCGAGCCAGACAAAGCAAGUGGCUGAAGUAUCAAAGCAGCGCUCAGAGCGAUUUGAUCCCUGAAAACAGCGCUGAAGGGGAUGAGCAGGAUGACAUCUGUGCCCGGAGCGUCCUGGGAAUGCCGCCGGGUGACCCAGCAGAGGGCAGAGCCACCGAUCCGAGUGCUCCCAGCCCUGGACCGCCGCUGCCAGCCGGGAGCUGGCCCGGGGAGCGCUCCGGGGCUGCAAAGAGCAGCCAGGCAGAUCCGGUUUCACAGGAGAACCUGCUCCCCCUGCACUUAAGGCAGGCUCCUUUGGCUGCGGCCACACAAAAGGUGUUGAGUCACCUGAGCUGCCACGGCGGAACGGGAGAGGGCCAGGACAUAACAAUUUCUGAGUUGUCUUUUCCUCCUGUGGACAAAGUGAAACACGCCAGUCUUCCUAAAAGAAAGAUUUCCAUCCCUGCUGUGUUUCAGUCUCACACUCACUACAAACAGGUUUUUAAAGCUGCUCUGACAGAGCAAUUGAACAUAAUGCUGUUUGAGUUGGCACAGAGGCUGCACAAUGCCCUCUCCAAGGUGGAUAUAUCAUUUUACACUGCAGUGAAAGAUGGGCAAAGCCAGAGCCAAGGAAGCUGUGCCCCACUCUGCAACCACAUGCGCCCUGCUAAGCUGGUGAUGGUCAAAAAAGAAGGUCAAAACAAGGGUCGUUUAUUCUAUGCCUGUGAUGCCCCAAAAGCUGAGCAGUGCUCCUUUUUCAAGUGGAUUGAAGAUGUCAACCCCACACAGACAAAAUCCAGACCCAGCGCAGUGCUCCACGACACAAAAAGUAUUGGGACAUACCUCAGGAGUCAAAAGAUUGCUGUCUAUGAGGAAUGCCAGCUUUUGGUGAGGAAAGCCUUUGAAAUUCCAACACAGCGGUACAGUAAGUUCAAGAAAUUUAUGAAUACACCUGCCAGCUGUGAUGGUGACUCCAAAUCCAAAUUAUACCUGAAGCUAAGCAGAAAGGAGCAUUCUUCUCUCUACAGCAAAGAUGACAUCUGGGUUGUUUCCAAGACUCUGACCUUCGAUCCCAUUGAUACUUUCAUUGCAAGCAGUGCUUUCUUUGGACCAUCCUCCAACAAUGAAAUAGAAUUGCUACCACUGAAAGGCUACAGUCCCUCCAACUGGAGAUCCAACAUGUGUGUUCAUGCCUUGCUGGUUUGUAAUGCCAGUGGUGAGCUGGCCUCCUUAAGGAACAUGGAGGAGCACUUCAAUCCAUCCACGUUACCACUGAUCCCAUAUCUCCUGAAAAUGAAUUUUAAUUCUGAAAAUACUACAAAAAGAGUGAACAAAAGGAAAUUCACUCCACCUGCCAUGACUGUGAAGUGCCCCACGAUGUCUGGCCCUGUGAGCUCUGAAGUGGCAAUGGGAGUGGCUGAAGAGAUGAUCCAGAGGUUCUCCCUGAACCCAGACCAAGCAGCAUCGCUGAUUCACGUGGCUCAGAUGGUGACCUGUGAGAAGCCCAAAGCAGGGGAGGAACACCAGAGCUUCCCCAUCACAAUCAUUCGUGGUGUUUUUGGAGCUGGCAAGAGCUACUUGCUGUCUGUGGUGAUCUUGUUCCUCGUGCAGCUCUUUGAAAGCAGUGAAGCUACAGAGGGUCCGAGGGCAACUCCUUGGAAACUCCUCAUUGCUUCUUCCACCAACGUUGCUGUGGACAGGAUACUGCUGGGUCUGCUCGAUCUUGGAUUUGAGGAUUUUAUACGAGUGGGAAGUGUAAGGAAAAUCACGAAAGCAAUUCUUCCCCAUAGUUUACAUGCAGGCUCAGGAAAUGAAAACGAGCAGCUGAAAGAGCUGCUUGCUCUCUUGAAAGAAGAUUUGACUCCAGCUGAGAAAAUGUAUGUCAGGAAGAGCAUUGAGCAGCAUAAACUGGGGACCAACAAAACUAUUCUGCAACAGGUGAAAGUGGUUGGAGCGACGUGUGCUGCCUGCCCCUUCCCCUGCCUGAAGGCGCUCAGGUUUCCCGUGGUGGUGCUGGAUGAGUGCAGCCAGAUGACUGAGCCUGCCUCCCUGCUCCCCAUCGCCAGGUUUCAGUGUGAAAAGCUUGUCCUUGUUGGAGACCCCAAGCAGCUGCCACCAACUAUUCAAGGGUCUGAGAGUGUUCAUGAGCAGGGAUUGGAGCAGACUCUCUUUGACCGGCUCUGCAUAAUGGGACAUGCCCCCAUCCUCCUCCGGACGCAGUACCGCUGUCACCCUGCCCUGAGUGCCAUUGCCAACGAGCUGUUCUACAGUGGGCACCUCAUGGAUGGCACUUCUGAGCAGGACAGGGCUCCUCUGCUGCCAUGGCUGCCAACACUCUGCUUUUACAGCGUCCAUGGCAUGGAGCAGAUGGAAAGAGACAACAGCUUUUACAAUAUGGCAGAAGCUCAUUUUACAGUCAAGCUCAUCCAGUCUCUGAUUGCAAGUGGAAUAGAAGGAGCUGAUAUUGGCGUGAUUACCCUUUAUAAAUCACAAAUGUAUAAGAUCCAGAAUUUGCUCAGUGGGGUUCACUCCGAGGCUUUUGAAGUCAAGCCCGUGCAGGUGUCCACGGUGGAUGCGUUCCAGGGUGCUGAGAGGGAAAUCAUUGUGCUGUCCUGUGUCAGGACCAGGCACUUAGGGUUCAUAGACUCGGAGAGGAGGAUGAACGUGGCACUAACGAGGGCCAGGAGGCACCUGCUGAUUGUGGGGAGUCUGCCCUGUCUGAGCAGGAACAGGCUGUGGGGGAGAGUAAUUCACCACUGCAGAGGAUGGGAAAAUGGCUUGCAACAUGCAAACCAGUGUGAGCAGCAGCUAAAUGACAUUCUCAAGUGUUACUUGGAGAACUGGGAGGAAGAAGAACAGCGCAAGAAAAAGGAUAAUAAGCAAAAAUAAAAUAUUUAUUGAUUUUAUGAACAAAAUAUCCACUGCUUGUCUAUAGCAAUAGCUCUGCUAAUUUGUAACCUAGUAUUUAUUUAAUGUGGGGUAUUUUUGUUUGGACCUCAGUGCACUGAUACUUCUGUUUGACCUUGUGGUCAUAAGACUAAAAAUUAUUAAAGUGAUUCUAUUCUGUUGACAA